CGUGCGCCCUCACUUUCCGUGCAGCGUGACAUCGACAUGUGUAGCGCAUAGCACGUGUUGCUGCAAGAACGUCCAUGGCAUUAUGUCAAAAUGUACACAGCUUGUCGCGGAAGUGGACCGUUGGCGACCGGACUCGGGACCGAGAUGAACAAACUGCUGUAACUCUCAUACAGUACGCACACACACACACGGGCCGUGGCAAGGCUAGCAGUGCUGUGACAUGAGCUCACGUCCAUGAAUACUCCGAGAGUUCCCAGGUCCACAUGCACUGUUUGCGAGUCUGUGUUUGUUGGCAGCUGGGCCCUCCGAUAAAAAAAAACGAACUUAAUCUGUCUGCGGCCAAACUCAGUCGGGGGAACGUCUUUGGUUUCAAAAUUCAAUGAUGUCGGUCAUCAAAAGAGAAGCACAGAGUAGGGACUCUACCCCGCCUCUGCCUCCUCAAGAAACUGCCACGCCCACGUCUGAGGAGUCCCCGCCCCCGGCCCCAUCCCAGGCCCCGCCCCGUCGUGAGGUUCCGGUUCCGUCCUUCGUCCAGCUCCCCGACGGCGGUCUGUUUGCAGAGAGCGGCGUCCCAGCCGGUACCAUCUUUGGACCGUACAAGGGCAGCAUCCGAAAGGCUCCCCUGAGACGGAGCGAAGAUGGAGAGCAGACAGCUGAACCAAUAGGUUUAAAAUUUUGUGACCCUGCUGGCCAGGCAUAUACCGUUGAGGUUGACAGGAUGGAAUGUGAGCAGCCAUGGUGGGCCUGCAUCAAACACGCCGCAGAACAUCACCAGGCCAACAUUACACUCUUCUCUCACAAUGGGGUGUUGUAUCUGAGAACUCUGGAGCAAAUUCCCGAGGGAAAGGAACUUGUAAUGGACUUAACCACGCCCAAAGAUCAGGGAGACACAUCAGAGGGUGACAGCACUGAUGUCACCAACCACUCCCCAAACACUGCUCACAGGCCACACCCUGCCGCCAACUUAGUGAUAGAAGGUCCUCCAUUCAAAUGCAACUUCUGCUGCAUCGAGUUCCGCAAUCCUGGCAACCUAGAUGCACACCGGGUCUACUACUGUCCAGGCACAGCCACUAAACUACUGCCCUGUUCAAGACGUCGAUUGAUAGCCCCAACUACGCAGGCUGAGGCAGCACCAGACACUUCGGUCGUGAAGACCACUCCCCUUCGGACAACGAAAACUCCAGACGUGCCUGUUGUGAAGAAGAUCAUUACCGUAGAGACCCCAAAGACCUUCGUCUGCCAGUUGUGCCAGUCCUCGUUUGAGAGCCGAAGCAACUGUGAGAGCCACAUGCUUCUUCUGCACUGCGACGAGUCAGCGAACCUCUGUAAAUUCUGCAACUUCAUCAGUGGGGACCGGAAGGGCCUUUGCCAGCACGUCUUCUCCCACGUGAAAGGGACGAGGCAGGAAACGACUGCCACUUUGCCAGGAGAGAACAGUGAUCCAGGUCUGGAUUCCACCUCGAAAACAGUCAAUGAAGUUAUGGUUGACGAAGGUGAUGAAAAAGAGAACAGAUAUACCCGUAAAUUUCAGACCAACGGCACGCAACCUGCAUCAUCCCCAGGAGCAGGACACAUCCCCGGAAGUCCCCGCAGUCAGGAGGACAAGUUCAUCUCUAAACUCCCCUCUCCUGAAAUGACGGCACCUCUGUCCAGAGAAGAGAUACGCAGCCCUGCCAAGCUGAUCAAAACAGAAAGUCCAAACGGCAUCAACGUGCACAGUGUCGCUGUGGGAUUGAAUCGGGAACCGGCCCAGGACGACAUACUGACUUGUGCCCAGUGUGAUUUUGCCACGUCGAGGGAGUCGGUUCUCCUGAAGCACGUGACGCACCACAACCACCUCCAACGGAAAACACAUGACGGGAGCGCAGACGCCCAAGUCCCCAAAAUGGACACGCCUGAUCAUUUAGACACGACUUGCCACCAGUGCAACAUCGUCUUCAUGUCCAAGAAGAACUACGCAGCCCACAAGCAGUACUACUGUGCGAGUAGACAUGCUGACAGCACCAGUCCCCCUGCCGUACCAGAGUGGGAUGACAAAACGGGAAAGGCGUCAACCCAAGGGAACAACAACAACACCAGAGUUGUCACACUGGACAAAAAGGACGGGAGCAUAACAAGGAAAACUCUUAAUGGCUCCGAUAGACACAGAGAGCCUUGCCCUUUAAAAGUUGUAUCCCCACGUUGCUCCCCAUAUGUUAUCAGUAGAACCUCAGUUGACAGUAGUCCUAGAAAUGGCACCCAACAUAGUACCUCCCAUUCAAGUGAAACUUCACCAGCCCCCUUGGCAUCGCCAAACUCACGAUCCAGUCCAGACAAGCCGGGGUUUGACCGACCUUUGCAUAUGAUACGCCUCGACGGUAAACCCCAGUUUCUGCCGCCAGGUGCCGUACUGCCAGGGCAGCAGCUGGUCCUGGUCACCCCGAUAGUCAUUCCACAGGGCUUGGGUACUGCUACCAAGCUGGCCAGCAACUUGAAGAUACCCGUCGUCAGGCCCAGCCGGACCGAGCAACCACUGGACCUCAGCACCAAGCCCAAAACUCCCCCGCUGUCGGAUUCCUCCGACACCGGCGGCCACAAAUCGACUGUGAUCACAUCGGAGCUGUUGUCUCAAACCACCAGUACCCAACUGCGUGAGCGGCAGUCUAACCGCUGUGAGGAAUGCGAGAUCUCAUUCAGCAAGAAGGAGAGUCUACUAGUCCACAAGCAGUUCUACUGUGCCAGUCGCCACAUGUACUCACCUCGUUCCCUGGUGAGAACUAAGCCGUACGACACAUCCAAACUGCAAACAUUUUCAAACAGUCAACCACAGAGCAAAAGCCCCAGCCCCGUCCACCUUGCCAAACAAUCACCAAAUUCAAACCACGGAGCUGGUUACAUUGAAACCAGAAAUUCACAAACAAAGGCAAACAUCUCUGCUCAUGUAAGUAGCUCCCCAGCAUUCUCUAGUAGCAGCACGGGAGGAAGUAAUGACAUCACAAGCUCACCAAAUACCAACCCCACCGUCAGCACAACUGCCAGCAUGAUUCUUCUCAACGGGAACUCUACGCACGAACGGACCGACUCGGCCAAGGUGCACAAUCCAAGCCCAUCAUGGUGCAGAACUCAAACACCGAAACGCUCGGCGUCAGCGCAAAGCAUCGAAUGGGACAGAGAGCGAUGCUUGCCACCGAUCAAAAGAAAGAAAAAUCUGAUACCACAGCCAGAUGAAGACUUCAGGCGGCUAACAACCGCAACUACAAACAAUGGCAGCUUAAUGACAAACGGUGUCAUCAUCAAGCAAGAGCCCAAAAGCACAGACUGUGUCACAGCCUCAGAGGGAUGCUCAAAUGGCAAAUCAAAGACAGUGGCAAACUCGGAGCCAACGCAGCAGCAUUCUCGGAACGUGUCGAGGACGUCCACACCCUCACCAGUGCCACACAAAACUACGCAAACCAUAAUCCAAAAAGCGAUCAUGGUCAAACAGGAGCCACUAGGAGACAUCCCAACCUCCAAUGGAUAUUCCAGAGAAUCGCAGGACACCAUCCUCAAAUCCUACCCGUCAUCCGCAUCUCUCCACCACCAACAGUCCACAAGUCGUACCGCUGACAGUCCAGACCUUUCCCCACGGCCACCCCACAUCAGGCACCCCAUCACCACACCGACCCCGCUCACCAUCCCCAUCUUCAGGCAUUCCUCCCCCCGGCUAGCCACGCCUUCCAGGCACAUGACUGUCAGUUCCUACCUGAAUACAGGAACCUCAAGGCCCCUGCUCAGGGGUGUCAAGCCCACGGUCAAACACUGCCGCAACUGUAACAUCUCCUUCAGCAGUCUGUCAACGUUCAUAGCUCACAAGAAGUACUACUGUGCCUCGCACCAUCAGACAAAGAACGCAGCCACAUAGCCAUAUCCCCAUGACAAACAACUGGUAUUUGACAUUCACGAAUCAGCGUGCUUUAAUUUAAAAUUAGCUAUCUGACAAUCCAUCUCCAAAGAGAAAAAUAAAUCUGUAUUAAACAUUAGCUCGUCAUCAAUGUAUUGCUUUCACUGGAACUUGACUUUCAUCAGUCAGUGUAUUGACAUUUCGAAGGUCAAAAGAUGCCAGCCAUGAAUGAAUAACUGAUGAAUGAAAAGUUUUUUCGGCAGAGUCAGAAGAGAGGAGUUCAUGCUCGUAAAAAAAAAAGCCAUCCUUCUCAGAAGUUCUCAGAGAACUAAAUAAGAAUGAUUUACACAACGCCUGAAUAAAUCCCUGUCAUCUGAUUGGUGGAUUGUUGAUAUGUCAUUGAAUUAUUCGUCCCAACCCACGGCCCAGCCGCACAGCAAAAAUCAAGGUUUCUAUUCUACGGUAAAUAGAGUUUCCAUUGCAUGGUCACACUUUGACCAAUCAGAUGACAAGGAUUUAUUCAGGCGUUAGGUAAAAAAAACUAGUGAAUGUUUCACAUUCGAGCAGUGAAAAGAUUUCCAUUCGGUAAAAGGUGGAAUGGAACAUUGCAUCUGCAACCUCAUGAUGUUAUUCUUACCACUGCACACACGAACAUUCAUUAUUUGCAUAACACAUGAUUUUUCUUUCAUACUGGAAAUGUUUUGCAUCAGCAUGUGCCACGAUAAGCAGCAGGCUGGUAAUGACAUUCAGAAUAAUGAUUCUAGAAUUGAAACUUUUAACCUGCUUCCUGAGCCCCGAGGCCAAUGUCGUGGAGCUGCUAAGAAACCUGCUAAGCAUAGAAGAUAUUUGCUAAGACUGUAAUGGGUUACCAUUCAAACUGUAUAACAGUGUAUAUGGCCCAUGAAUGGUUCUCUGCAGAUUCAUGCUAAGCACCUAAAAACUGCUUGAUAUUUUUCGCGACUCCAAGAAAUAAGGCUGAGUAAGAAAAUAAACUAGUUUCUUGUCCCUGCCUGGUUUCUUGUUUCCCGACCGCCUCUUUAAUUUUUUUUGAAAUUUUUAAUAUUCAUACAUUUGCGAUAUAUUUUGCACAUUUAUAAUUAAGUUGGGAGGCUAAUCAUCCUUACUCGCAGCUGAGAAACUGAAUUGCGAAGGACGCAGCUAAAACGUGGUCGAACCAAAGGCAUGUAAAGGCGCCCACAGCAGCAGCCAGCCACAUUGACCCAUGUAUGACCACGGAGCACAGCCAGAGAUCAAAAGUGUUUGUUUUUUCUGAAGGGAGGAAAACCUAGGGCCCGGAGAAAAACCCUCGUGGCACGGGAGAGAACCAACGCACAUCUCUACUCACAUAUGGUCUGCAGCCUGGAAUCGAACCCGUGCCACAGUAUAUAUUGUCAGUACAACUCAGGCCAAGUUCGCGCAAGGACUAUAGUUGACCAAUGGUUAACUAACGUUUGCCCGAACUCUGUCUAGUCG